AUGCUCGGCGAGGAAUGCAACAUUGGCGGGCAGAAGAAGGUCGGGAGACCGAGGAAGUCAGACUCGGCUCCUGGCCAGCGCGCAGGCAAGGCGUCGAUUGAGGAACCCCGAGCGAAGCCAGUUCGCUCGCAGAAGAAACAGACGACCGCAAAGAAUCAGCAGAGCGACCCAAGCCCUUCAAGCGUGUCACCAGUCUCGGGCAUCUUCCCAAAGAUGAACGACCAACAUGGAAUUGAGAGCAUGAUGUUCUCAACAACAACUAUACCAACAACCACAACCUCUUCAGCGGCGCCGCCGGUUGUUGGAACCACCACAAACGUUGUCUUUGCCCUUGAGUCAUCGUGGCCCGCUGCUGGGACAGCUGAACAACAGACUUCAUCACCUCCUCCGACAAUACCGUGGAAUGUCUCGAGUUGCUUCAAGCAUAGCUCCGCCUUUGCCGACUACGACUGGAACAUAGACGAGAACGACGUAUUCAAGACGAAGUCAAGUCAGUCCGACCUCACUGUCAUAUGCUCAGACCCGGCAAGCCUGGUGAUCCCGGAGCUAGGUGCCCCCAUGGGCAGUAUCGAUCUGUCCGACGCCUUAUCCAAGCUGUCCAAGCUCAACAACGACUUACACAUCCGCAUGGCCGCCAUCGAAUCACAUCGGUCCGUCAUGACCCUGAACAGCAUCCUCUUCCGCGAGGGACCGCUAUUCAUCGACAACUCCACGCUCGGAGAGUUCACAAUGAGGUCAACACUGGAGCUCUUCCAGGUGCUGUCGCGGCUCCUCAACAACCGGCAGUGCCAUGCGCCACUCGACGGUGCGCACAAGCUCGAUAUCGUGAACCUGCCAGGGCUGGACGGCCAGUCUUCGUCGCCACAUCCCUACGGAGGUGGACACAAUGGCCACGGCCAAGGCCCAAGGCCCAACCUUGCCUCCCCUUUCCCAUCCGCCUCUCUGCAGCCGUUGCUGGCUCCUCUUGCCUUGACCAUCACGGCCGUCUUCGCCCAGCUCAUAUCCCUCUACGAGGUUGUCCUCAAGCACAUGAUCCUCUGGCUCGAGGACAUCGCCGCCGAACCCCUCAGGCCCAUCCCGGGACUCCGGAUCGGCGAGGCGUGGCCACAGGAUCUCUGCGCGCAGGGAAUCCGCUUUUCCAACGCCUCCCUCAACUUGCUGGAGAGAAUCGAGCAGAUCCUCGGCCUCACCGGGCGGCCCGAGUGGGGAGGGCCGGGCCUGCUGUCCAUCCAGCAGAUCGAUCUGCUCUGGAGCGUGCUGGACGGCGGCGAGGGCAUCGCUCCGGGCCACGGCUUCAUGCGGCCGGCGUAUGUGAAGAGGUCGCUCCGGAAGGCAUUAUCGGUCCUGAGUCGAGUCAUGUCCCGGCAGGUGGCUCCGUUGACUGGCUCGCUCCGGACUUCGGCACGCCCUGGGGAUGGGCAGAGCACCUCAGCAAGCCCUUAUGCAAAGAGACUUAAGGACAACCGCAUCGUCAACAUCUCGACAACACGGGCCUACGUGCACUGGGAUGACAGUUCGGAAAUAUGUGCGUACACUUGGACCCGUGGUCGCGGCGGCCGUUGUUGGGUCAGAGACGAGGGACUGGAGGACCGGGAAGAGGUCGACGGGAAGUAUUUGCUGUGUUACGACUAUGUCUGUCGAAAAUCCGGCAAAUGCGAAUUGGCUGCCAUUGAGGUGCGAUUUAACGAGGACAUCCAGGUUUUGGAGGGAUGGCGAGCGUUGGAAGCCGUAGGUUUGAGUGCGAUGAUUCAGUAA